AAGGGAGAAGAGAAGGGAUCAGUGUUCAUUGGGGGAACGGAGAUGGACGUCCGAGCUUCCGAUACUGGAAUGGAGCUCCGGCAAAUGGAAGAAGAAUCCACCAGUGAUGAUUCUGUCGUGUUCCUUGACGAGGGCAAACUGCUCGAAGUUAUUGCUGAAGGCUCAUUGACGUUUGAGGAAUGGACUUCACUUAUAUCGUUGAUUGAGAAGACUUACCCGGAUGACAUGGAGAAGUUAUGCCUAGUGUAUGAUCCUUUCUUGUCUGAGUAUCCUUUGUGCCAUGUUUACUGGAGAAAGUACGUCAACCACACCAUCAAGUUGUGCUCCCCUGAAAAGGUUGUUGAAGUUUUCGAGCGGGCUGUGGAAUCAGCUAUGUAUUGUGUUGAUAUUUGGGUUGAUUAUUGCACCUUUGGCUGUAUGGCCUUUGAUGAUCCAUCUGAUUCUCGAAGAUUGUUCAAAAGAGCCAUAUCCUUUGUGGGAAAGGAUUAUCUGUGUCAUACGUUGUGGGAUAAGUACGUAGAAUUUGAGUUCUCCCAGCAGCAGUGGAGUUUUCUAGCUGAAAUUUACAUCCAAACACUGAGGUUUCCUACCAAAAAGUUGCCUGAGUAUUAUGAUAGCUUUAAGAAGUUGGUAGGAGUUUUCAGAGAUGAAAUGGAAUCCCAGAGCAAAGCCAACGUGGAAGAGCCAGUUGAAUCUAUGCUUAGCGCUGAAGUUCCAAUCAGCUAUAAGCAAGAUGAAGUUUCUGGUAUCAUCAGAGACUUGCUCGAUCCAUCCUCUACUGCAGCUGGGAUUAUAGCUCUGCAGAAAUAUAUAGCUAUUGGAGAGCAUUCCUAUCUAGAAUCAUGUCUGUUGAAUGCAAAAAUAAUUUGCUUUGAGGCUCAUAUCAAUAGGUCCUAUUUUCAUGUGAAACCUCUAGAAGUCAGCGAGCUAGAGAAUUGGCAUCGGUAUUUGGAUUUUGCUGACUCACAUGGAGAUUUUGACUGGGCUUUAAAACUUUAUCAAAGGUGCUUAAUUCCUUGUGCCAAUUACCCUGAGUUAUGGGUACGAUAUGUGGAAUUCUUGGAAAGGAAAGGUGGCAAAGAACUAGCUGACUUUGCUCUGCACAGAGCUACAAAAACCUUUCUUAAGAGGGUUUCGUUGAUGCAUCUUUUCAAUGCCCGUUUUAAAGAGUAUCGAGGAGAUGUCUCAAGUGCACGAGCUGCCUUUCUUGCAUGCGAUGCAGAAUCAGAUUUUGUUGAAAAUGUCAUCAGGAAAGCUAACAUGGAAAGGCGCCUUGUAUGUAAUCUAAUUAUCUCAAUGAAACGUACCAAUACAGAGUACUUUCACGUAUCUUUUGUACUCUGGAACUGGAUUGCUGAUGUUUUGCCAGAAUGUCAGGGAAAUUUCAAAAAUGCUGCCAAAACUUGCAAGCAAGCAUUAGAAGUGGCUGCAGCUAAGGGGAAACAUGAUGUACUUCCCCUCAUAUACAUACACUUGUCAAGACUCAAAUACUUGACCACUGGCAGUGAAGAUGCUGCUGCAGAUACUCUUGCAGAUUCAAUUAAACAAAUUCCUUGUAGCAAGUUACUUAUAGAGGAAUUAAUAAAGUUUGCAAUGGCACAUAGAGGAUCAAGACACAUCAAUGUCAUCGGUUCAAUUGUUGCUGAUGCUGUAUCUCCAAAGUCAGGCUCAUCACAAGGCCUGAGCACAAAGGACGGAGAGGAAAUAUUUAGACUAUAUCUAGAGUUUGUUGACCUUUGUGGAAAUAUCCAUGAUGUAAGGAAGGCGUGGGUUCAGCAUGUCACACUGUUUCCUCAUCUUUUGAGGACCCUUCCAGUUCAGGCUGAAAAUGCCAGGCGAUGGAAACUGGUUACGACGCAAAUGGAAGAAAUGGACAAUCUGCUUCCUCACUGUUCUGAAGAUCACAAUUCCGAUAGCAAGGUUCAGCCCUCAUUUCCUGACCAUGAACCUUCAUCCUUGGAGAACCUUAAUAUAGAACCCUCCCUUCCCAAUCCUAACCCAGUCCCUGAGCAAGCAUCAACACUGGAAAUGAAUCAUGACCUGGUACCUGACCAGGUAGCAGACCGGAAUACUGCACUGCCGAUAAACCAAAAUGUGUUGUCUGAUAGCACUACGCAAGUGGAGGUGUGCAAGACACCUCUUGAAGUUCCCGAGGAGCUCAAAGAUAAUGUCCCUGAACCAGAUUCGGACGUUGGUCUCAUAAAUCAAUGCUCCAAUAAAAUAACUGAAGAUGAGGAAGUGCCAGCGGAAUUGGUGAAAGAAAGUGUUCAAAAGCAAGAGUGCAGAGACCUAUCUGAAGAGGACUCAAAGCCACUUCAGCUGGAGAAACUCUCCUUAGAGCCACAGCCGACUGGAUCUCCCAGUUUACUAAAUCAUGAUUCUGUCCCAUCACCGAAAUCUGAUUCAGUCAUUCCCACAUCUCAUGAUUGUCAAAGCUCUCAAGAAACCAAUUCAGUACAUAGAACAAUGCUGGUAAGUGCUGAAGGUGCUGAUAUUCAUGAUUUCUCAUCUGCCCCCUUGAGUGCCAGUGCUGCUGUUUCCAUUCAAGCCGAUGUUGGAUGGAAUCCUAGUCCUUCAUCAUCAGCAGGCGAGCAUAACAGUGCAACACAAGCAGCUAGGCCCCACAUGAUGGCAAAUAGGGGGAAAUAUUGGCAUCAAAGGAGCAACACAGAGAGACAUAGCAGAGAUUCCAGAACUGGAUAUCGUGGUCAUCCACGUAGAAGGCUGGACAAGCAUACAAAAGUUGAUAGUGAACCUCAGCUGUCCAACAGCAUGAGUGGUGGUUAUUCCUCUCAGAAUUUAUCUUUGCAAAACCCACCACAAGGUCAACAAAACAACAGCCAAGCCCCAGCAUCUAAUGUUGUUGCUGUAGGAAAUGGAGAACCCCAAGCCUGGAGUCAAAAUAAUCAAGCGUCAUAUGACCAGAUGUGGCAGCAAUACUAUUAUUACCACCAGCAGCAGUUGCUUUGGCUACAGCAGCAGCUGCAACAACAAGAAAACCAGCAGCAGCCCCAGCAGCUGCUGUACCUACAGCAGCAGUACCAGCAUCAGGUGCUACAACUUCAGUAUCUCCAGCAGCAACAGUCACUUACCCAACACCAGCAGCCGCAGCUAAUGCAACAACAACAGCUACAGUUGCAGCAGCACCACCAUCAGCAGCUACUCAUGCAACAAGCGUACCAGUCGCAGCAGCAGCAGCAACAACCCUAUAGUCAGCAACAAUAUCAGCUGCAGCAGCAUCAACUUUAUUCGUCACAACAGCAGCAGCAACAGAUACCAGAAGGAGCUGUAUCACAACAGCAGCCGCAACAGAUACAAGAAGGAGCCGUCUCACAACAGCAGCACUAUGUUCACGAGCAUGGACAAGCUAACUUCACGCAAACUCAGUUUUACCCCCAGAGCUGGAGCACAGCAGGUGAUGGUAAUGUUGCAGCACCAGCAAGUGUCAGAUCAACCGAGUCUACACACUCCCCGCAGCCAUCCCCACCUAGUCAACAACUUGCUUGAGAGGGUAUACACGUUGAGCCCUCGUGAACUUUCUUAGCCGAUAAUUCAAAUAAGGAAGAGCUGUUGUUGAGAUAUAGUUUUUGUGUUAAGUUUGGUUGUUAUUAGGGUAUCUGCUCUAACAGCACAAAUCUUAGUAUACCAUAGUGACGAUGGAUCAAACUCCAUACAACAAACUGUUGGUGGGAACAUAUUAAAUAAACGAGGACGUUGUCUUAGGGAACUUUUGGUUCUCGAACAUCAGAGAACUACAGCAUUUCGUCGAGCCAAUGUUUUCUUUGGUAACCCCUUGUACUAGGUGGUCAGGGCAGUUGUUAGAGUAUCUCUUAAGACCAAUCACAAGCUUGGAUUCAUACAUCUCUGACGGCUAAUGGUGAAUGUAAUGUCUUAAGGAAGUCCUGAUUACUAAUGAUUUUGUGCUGG